GAGAGAGAGAGAGAGAGAGAGAGAGAGAGAGAGAGAGAGGGCUGCAGAUUUUUGGGAUGCGAAGCAGAGGGUACCAAGAACAAAACAGAGGAACUUUCGGUGUGAAACGAUGUCGUUUCCAGGGCAGGACCGGGACCAGAACAAGAACCCUAGCCCUAGCCCUAGCCCUAGUGCUCCAUCGACGAAGAAGAGACCAUCUAGCUGGUCUAACGUCUGGCUCAAGAACACCAAGCCUCUCAAGCAUAUGGUGGUCGCCAUGCAACUUCAGUCCCUGUCUCCUCCCGGCGACCCCAAAUUCAAAACCCUAAGUCCCAAUAUUUUCCCAAUUGACUCGACCCUUCUCUUGUCCGACGAGCUUCUCCUCAGAAUCUUCGCCAAGCUCCCAGAUUCGCAAAGGAAGUCCAUUUCUCUUGUCUGCAAACGGUGGUUGAAUCUGCAGGGGCGGCUCGUGCGGACCCUCAGAGUGCUUGACUGGAACUUCGUUUUAUCUGGUCGUUUGAUUCAUAGAUUCCCCAAUUUAAACCAUGUAGAUAUGAUUCCUGGGUCGUUCAUUUCGCCGCGGAAUUCGGGUAUUUAUCUGAGUCACCGACUUGUUUCGAUGCAUAUUGAUUCUGGAUUUUACCCCAAUUGGUGUUUCGGGGAGGAGAAAAAUCUGCUCCCUGUUGAUGUCAUCGAUAAUGGUCUGAAAGCUCUUGCUAGUGGGUGUCCCAAUUUGCGUAAAUUGCAUGUUAUUGGUGCUAGUGAAGUGGGUUUAUUGAGUGUGGCUGAGGAGUGUUCUACGCUGCAAGAACUGGAAUUGCAGAAAUGCGAUGACAGUGUUCUGCGAGGGAUUGCAGCGUGUCAGAAUCUGCAGAUCUUGAAAUUGGUUGCGAAUGUUGACGGUUUCUACAGCUCAGUGGUCUCCGAUAUUGGAUUGACUAUUCUGGCUCAAGGUUGCAACAGACUGGUCAAGCUUGAGCUUAGUGGUUGUGAAGGGAGCUUUGAUGGGAUCAAAGCAAUAGGAAAGUGCUGUCAAAUGUUGGAAGAAUUGACUUUAUCAGAUCACAGAAUGGAUGAAGGAUGGUUGGCAGCGCUUUCAUUUUGCGAGAACUUAAAGACCUUGAGGAUCCAAUCAUGUAAAUGGAUCGAUCUUAAUCCUGGACCCGAGGAGCAUAUGGGUUCAUGUUUUGCACUUGAACGGUUGCAUUUGCAAAAGUGCCAGUUAAGAGACAAAAGUAGCAUGGGAGCUAUAUUUGGGGUAUGCAGGGCUGCAAGAGAUAUUAUCAUCCAAGAUUGCUGGGGAUUGGAUGAUAGUAUGUUCAGUUUUGCAAGCAUCUGCAGGCGGGUGAAGCUUUUAAGCUUAGAAGGAUGUUCAUUGCUAACAACAGAAGGUUUAGAGUCUGUAAUUCAAUCCUGGAAUGAUCUUCAGAGCCUUAGAGUAGUUUCCUGCAAGAGCAUAAAGGAUAGUGAAAUCUCACCCUCUCUAGCAACCAUAUUCACCACACUUAAAGAAUUAAGAUGGAGUCCAGAUACCAAGUCUCUUCUUCCAUCAAGUCUAAUGGAGGGAAGCAUGGCAAAGAGAGGAGUUAAAUUUUGCAGAAGAACUUGACGAUUCCUGAAAUUAGUUGAUCUGUAAUCAUAAUAAAAAGGAUAAUAAAGUAGGCCUCAGUCAUAGAAACAGAUCGUUGUUACUGACUCUUAGUGAGAGUUGUAUCAAUAUAUGUUCAUUUAGAUGGUUAACAUAGAUACAGACGAUUGAAGUUUUUCUUCUGAUUUCAUCCAUUUGACUGAGGAGGGAAUCCAGAGAUGUAAUUAUGUAAUAAAAUGUAGAGAGCUCGCUCUAAGUAGAAUAAACCCUUGUUCAAUGUAAUUUUUUCAUUGCCCAACUAUUUUGCCAUUCGUAUACUCUGUUUUUAGGAUGAAUACGUAUUAUUCAGCUAGAUAGAGAGAGAAUUGAUCUAAGUCCCUUCUAACGUUGGAAGCUGGACACAAAAACUUGUAUGGCAGACAGGAUAAGUUGUUCAGAGUAUACUGCGGGAGACUUAAUCGUUAUGCUUAUUUGGUUCAAUUAAUCGUUAUGCUUAGCUAGCUUCAUUUA